AGAAGACACAGACCGUAUACAAAUAAAGUUCGCCUGAUAAUGACACUGGUGGUUACUCAUUAACUAGUCCAAAGUUGCAUGAAGCAGAGAUCGCGAUGUUGAAAUCGUUUCUUACAUCAAACACGUCCUCAGAACUCACUUGCUCCGUGUUUGAUAAAGCGGUUGUAGUUUGACUCCAGUCAGCUCCACACACAGGCAGCAGAGCCAAAAUGGCGGCCCUGCGAGCUGCUAAACAAGCGCUGAGGAAAGAGAUAAAGCGGCGUGUGGCGGCGCUGAGUGACGAGGAGAAACUACGUCAGUCUCUGAUUGUUUCACACAAGCUGUUCCAACAUCCCAAGUACGUGUCCAGUAAGCGGAUCGCGCUCUUUCUCAGCAUGAGCGAUGAAGUGCGCACUGAGGAGAUCAUCAAGGACGCGUUUAAACUGGGCAAAAGCUGCUUCAUCCCCAGGUACGAGCGCAGCAACAGUCACAUGGACAUGCUGAAGCUCGGCGGUCUGCAGGACAUGGAGACGCUGCCUCUGACGUCCUGGAACAUCCGACAGCCUGCAGACGAUGACGAGAGCAGAGAGGAGGCGCUGGCUGCAGGAGGUCUGGACCUGAUCCUGAUGCCAGGCCUGGGUUUUGACAAAUCGGGGAAUCGCCUGGGACGGGGGAGGGGCUACUAUGACACCUAUUUGGAGCGCUGCGUCAAAAGCCCGAAAGGAAAACCCUACACCAUUGCUCUGGCCUUCAAAGAGCAGCUGUGUCAGGAAAUCCCUGUGGAUGACAACGAUGUGCUCAUUGAUGAAAUCCUGUACGAGGGUGACGAGUGAAACUCCCACUGAACAGCACUGCAGACUUUUCCAUUCCUUACAACAAGAACAGCCCGACUGGAACUAACGAGACACUUUACAUUGACCUAAAUACAGACAUCAUUAAAGGUGCACGAGGCAACACUGAGCUGCCGCUUGUCAGACCAGAACAAAUGUGAGUGUUAUAAAAUAAUGCUGCGCCUGUGUGUGUCGCACAAGAUAUGGAACAUAAAGUUUGUCCAGGAUGAGAA